AUGUGUACGCGAUUUGUCCUCCUAACAUCCUUACUGCUCUCGCAGGUCGUCUCUGCCGGUACAACAAACAGAACUAUCGAUGAUACACAUGGGGACUCUGUUACCGGCGUGUUACCGACCUACUCGAAUAACUGGAACUACGGUCCUAACUGCUCUUUCUGUGCCAUUCGCCCGGAUGCGAACGAAACCUUCGACGGUACAUGGCACGACACGACUUCAAACAGCACGGACCCCACGCAACCCUCAAUGACGCUCACCUUCGACGGAAGCGCUAUCUCGGUAUAUUGCAUCCUCGUCAACAGCGCUAGCUCUCCCGACAUCGUGACGUUCACGAACGUCACCUUUGAGCUCGAUGGGGCUUCGGCUGGUACCUACAACCAUACCGCAGAUCCAGCUGCCAAUCAGUUCGAGUACAAUGUCACGGUCUUCAGCAGAGAGGAACUUAGCAACGAGACGCACACAUUAGUCAUGAAUACAGUGCAAGGAUCCUCAUCAUCCGUCCUGCUGUUCGAUUGGGCCAUGUACACGUAA